AAUCCUCCCUGUCUGCGAGGAUUCAAGCAGUCUCUCGUUGCUCCGGGCUUCUUCUCUCUGCUCUGGUUCCAUUUUUGUCCCUACCCUUGUCCCUGCUCCUCAGUUUCUCUCCCUGUCUCUAGCAACAACCAUUUCCAGCCAUGGCAAUGCUGACAGCACCCCCAGCACUCACCAUCCCACCCAAAACCUUCUGCUUCCAGCCCCGCUGCCUUGCCAUGGAUCGGCAUCGCCUCAGCGCUGUGGAUGUGGAGCGAGUGGCACGGGAGGGGGACGUGGCCGUGCUGCAGGAGCACAUCUCCAACAUCACCUUCUGUAACAUGGAUGCGGAGCGGUGCCCCCACUGCAGGCAGCCGGCCGACCCUGUGCUGCUGACGGUGCUGAGGUUGGCCCAGCUGAGCAUUGAGUACCUGCUGCACUGCCAGAAGCACCUGGCUGACAGCUUGGCUGUGCAUGCCCAGCACCUGCAGGAUGCCCGUGCACAGCUGGCUCAUGCCCAGGGUCUGGCAUCAGAGCAGGCAACGAGGCUCCGGGGUGAGAAGGAAGAGAGCAGGAGGUGGAAGAAGCUGGUGGCCACCCAGCUCCUCCUGCAAGCCAGACCCAGUGGCUACUGCAAGGGUGCUGCUGGAGCGGGCAGAUCUCACCCUCGCUCACAGUGGCUCUGCUCCCCAGGCUUUGCAGAGGCCAAGAAGGUGGAGCGUAUGGAGGAGGAGGUUGAGGAGCUGAAGGCGAAACUGCGUGAGAUGCAACAGCAGCUGGCAGCAGGGAGGGAGGCAGAGAAGCUGCGCAGGGAGCAGGAAGAGAAGAGAGCUCAUCAGCGGGAAGUGGAGGAAAGGAGAGAUUUUGAAAGAUGGAAAGAGGAGGAAAGGAUGAAGCUGCACGUGGAGAUGGAUGGCCUGAGGCAGCGCUUCUUCACUGAGCUGCAGGAUGCUGCCAGCAGGAGCAGUGCUAUGGAAGGGAAGCUGGAGGAGCUACAGGCCAAAGCAGCAGUGGUGUCUAACCUGGGGACCCUGCAGGAUGAUGACUCUGAGCUGGAAAUGACAGCAGUGCAGACCAAGCUGCUGUCUGCAAAUAAGCCCAAAGUGACCCAGCAGGUGACCAGAGCAGUGGUUUCUGAAGAGUCCUCAGAAGGAGACACAGCAGAUGAUGCUCAGAGUGGGAAGAAAUGGCUGCUGGAAGCUCUGUGGAGAAAACCAAACCUCCUGAAGAAGUUUCGGCGCAUCCUGGAGGAAACAUUGGAGGAAAGGCUGGAGAGCAUGGGGAUCAGCAGGGCUGCAAAGGGGAUCUCCAGCCAGACCUACCAACACCUCCAGGUUGUGCUCAGGCUUCAGCAGCUGCAGAAGGCUAAGAACAGUCCUGGUCUCCUCCACCUAAGGGAUGAGCUGAUCCAAAUGGUGAUGAAGAGAGUCAGGCAACUCAAGAAGCCCAGCAUUCUAUUGCCUCGACAACUCUCCAUAAUCCCAGGGACGGCUGUGUCCAUAAAAGGGAAGCCCUUGGAGAGACGUCUGGAUGUGAAAACACAGAGACCAGCCAGUGGGAUGAAAUCCCAUCCCUGAGCUCAACAUCCCCCAGAGCCAGCCAGCCAACCCAUCAAUAAACUCCAGGUAUCUCACAUGAAUGGCCAUAGGGUUGUUCUUGGACAUAAUUUCCAUACAGCUUCUUCAUACCCAUUAGCAGUACCACAAACUAGUCCACGUGCAAGGAGUUCAGAAUUACAGCAACGGAAAUUUGGCCAUUGGCUCCUCUCCUAGUUCUUAUUACAAUGAGGAUGAAGUUCUGGGCCUUCACCAAAGUGGGGAAAAAAAGCAACAUGAGAUUUACAAGCCAUGGAAAUAGAGAAAAGAUCUUCUGUGGGGCAUCCUGGUUUUGCCAUCAAACGUGAGUUGAGCAUCCAGCCCUGCUGCUCCCCUUCACCCUCCCUGUGCCCAUCAUGCAGCUCCCUGCAGUGACCCAGAGGCCUUCCUGGAGGACCU